ACGCCACGCAGCCGCUGAUGCAGAAACCUCACUCAGUUUCAUGACUGCAGUGACUGUGAGACACACGUUUUUAUUGCCUUUUAAAAUUAUUUCUUUCUUGCAUGUUAUCAUGCGCUGGUUACUGGUUGGAUGCUUCAUUUUGGGUCUGAACCACAUCUCAGCACAUAGGAUUACUCAGAAGCCCCGGUUCAUUGGAGUCAAAAUGGGCUCCUCCGUGUUGAUUCAAUGUUCCAUGACUGAACGUGUGGACUCACUGAACAUGCAGUGGUACAGAGCUGACGCGUACGACCAGAAGAAAGUAGUGCUACAGCUGGAAAGGGACGUGUCUGGUAACAGGAGUUUGACCAAAGACAACCUUCUCACCUUACACAGAGUUCAAGUAGAGGACAGUGGAGUGUACUUCUGCCAAGCUGGCAACACAAUGGGGCCUGGAACUCAACUGAUAGUCGUCAAGGCCACAGACUUGACUGCAGCCCAGCACAGGACCACCAUCAAGGACGGGCUCAUUAUUGUCCAGGCUCUGUUGUUGGCCUUGUUUAUCGCUGCUCUGCUGAUGCAGAAACGAAACCUGUCUGAAAAGGAGGAUAGCGAAUAUGAGAUGCCUGAAAAUGACCACAUCUAUCAGGGCUUGGCAAUUGAGACGUGUAAUGGAGGAAUGUAUGAGGAGCUGACAGUUUAUGCUCAGCCAGAUGGAUCUGAGGCCCCGUGGGAAUGAAACGAACGAGGCCGGAGUAUUUUUAAUCAGGGGUUUGAGUUUUAACAUCUUAAAUAUACAGCAGCUAAAUUAGGAAUAAGCAGCUUCUAAAGUACAGAGGAAAUUCUGGGUGAUUUGGGAUUUUUGACAUUCCAAAUGUGUUGACAUCCCUGUAUGUAGUUGUAAUGUUUUUUUCUCUUUCUUUAUUUUCUUCAUCUGUCUUUUUUACUCUUCUCUCUGUGUGAUGUUGUUUGAAGUUCUCGAAGACACCAGUUUUAAUUUUUAAUACUUUUUUGUUGAAGCUACUUUUUUUUACUUGACUGAUUUUGUGUUCUUGGAAACAAAUCCGUUUGUGUGAUGUUCUUUAGCAGAUUUAGCUUUUGUUAUAAUAUGAAGAAGGAAUUUUAGUCUCUGGGUUGAAAUGGGUCUUCACUGGGAAGCAGAUGCAUGUUUUUGAUGCAAUAUUGUUUAAAACAAUAUAAAACAAUAUAACUAAAACAUGUAACACCUUUAGAUGUAGAAUAAAACAAAGAAAUGAAUAAACAAAUAAAUAAA